GGCAGAGAGAACCGACAAGCUCAGCAGUCAGCAUCAGAAAACCUCACCAGUCAGAUCUCUGCAAAAAAAAAAAGUAACUACUCGAAAUGGCAGACGUCGCCGUUGCAGCACCCGUUGAGAAGAGGGCACCUCCCAAAUUCAAGCAGAGGACUGCUCGCACCUUCAAGAGCAAGGCACCCAAACCAGGCCAGAAGGGAUUCGGAGACGACAUCCCCGGCAUGGAGGGUCUUGGCACAGACAUCACAGUGGUUUGCCCAUGGGAAGCCUUUGGCGACAUGGAGCUCAGCGACCUGGCGAAAUAUGGAAUUGUUUAGUGUUUUCUUCCUUCUGCCUUCACCCCUUUUUGCCAUGAUAGUCACUCAUGUAUUCUCGCUCUUGAUUAAGCUGCCAUCAACUGCACGUGUGCUUUAGAGAGGAGGCAGCACUUUAUGACUUAGACAUUUGACCUGGGAACAAAUCCAGCACCUUUUCUUGUCUAAUGCACUUUAUUUAUCUUUUCCCUAAUUCUCCAUCGCCCUCUGGCUCACCCCUGCCUUCCUUUUGCUUUCCUCUUUUCCUUCUUUCCUUCUUAUAAUGAGUGGUACCAGCAACUCUGGAUAAAAAAAGAAAUGGAGCAUGGUGGCAUGAACGGGAGUUUGGUAUCUGCUGCUCUCUUUUUGCUGCUAAUUUAACUUACACAGAUUUAUUUUUUGUGUAUCAGCUAAAUCCUAUAUAUUUUUUGUCAUUUUAUUUUGCAGUAAAAAAAAGUCUGUCUGUUUUGUCAGUAGAGAGAAAUAACUCCACUAUACAAAAUAAAUGUUCACCUUUUCCAUUCAA